AAGUUCCACAUUGCUUCCGAGGUCAAAGUUUCAAUUCAGGUCAGAACAUGGCGACGUCGUCGAGAAAAGUGUUUGAGGUUUUUGUAUCAAAGGUCCCAUGGACAGUUGCUGGCAAGGAGAUGAGGGAGUACUUUGGACAGUUUGGACAAGUUAAAAGGUGCCUACUACCAUUUGAUAAAGAAACUGGCUUCCACAGAGGAUUCUGUUGGGUGGGUUUCAGCACAGAGGAGGGACUGAACAAUGCACUGCAGAAAGAGCCACACUUACUGGAGGGAGUUAAGCUUCAGGUUCAGAAGAACCAGCGGCCAUUUUCUGGACGGAAGUCAAACAAAAAUGAAAAUGAGUGAAGCACCCAUUGUGUCCCUCCCCGUGAUCUCCUGGAAAAGUUAUUUUGUGUGUGUGUGUUAACAUCUAUGUGUUAUACUGAUUCUUUGUGAGCCUGAGUAUCUCUGAAUAGUUUUUAGUUCUUUCUCUCAUGUCAAUACAAUGUACUGCAUUUCUUGUUUCCAAUGUACAUCAAUUAAAAAAAGUAAUUCAAACCCA